UGCUUAUAAAGCAGCCUGCCACACUCUCAGACUUCCUUCUCAGCAUCACUCAGAGAAUCAAGUAUCUCUAACGUCCAGCUGUAGCACCUUGGAAUUACUUGCUCAUCAUGAGUCAUUCUGGUUUAAGAAGCACCUCCACAUCCUACCGCCGCACUUUUGGGGGUCCUCUCCUGUCUCCUGUUUCUUACUCCUCAUCCUCCCGGCUAUCCACCUCCAGGCACUUUGGAAGUCCUUCUCCUGGUCCCUCCAGCCGCUCAUCCUCCUCAGCCUUUAGGGUAAGGUCCAGUACCCCUGUCCGAGUCUCAUUGGACCGAGUGGACUUCUCUGCGGCUGAGGCUGUUAACCAAGAAUUCCUGACCACCCGCAGUAAUGAGAAAGCCGAACUACAGGAACUCAAUGAUCGAUUUGCUAGCUUCAUAGAGAAAGUCCGCUAUCUGGAGCAACAGAACGCAGUGCUGGUGACUGAAAUCAACCAAGCAAAGUCCAAAGAGCCCACCCGGGCUUCAGACCUGUGCCAGCAGGAGCUGAGGGAACUGCGCAGGCAGUUGGAACUACUGGGCAAGGACAGGGACCGCAUCCAGGUGGAGAAGGACAACUUUGCUGAAGACCUCACUUUUCUGAAGCAAAGGCUGGAUGAAGAGGUUCACAAACGGGAAGAUGCAGAGAAUAAUCUAGUUCUGUUUAGAAAAGAUGUCGAUGAUGCCACACUCUCUCGUCUGGAACUGGAGAGGAAGAUUGAGUCUUUGAUGGAUGAAAUUGAAUUUCUGAAGAAGCUUCAUGAGGAGGAACUCCGUGAUGUACAAGUGACCGUUCAGGCACAACCAGUACACUUGGAAAUUCAAGCUGCAAAGCAACCUGACCUGACCUCUGCCCUGAGGGACAUUCGAAGUCAGUAUGAGACUAUUGCUGCUAAAAAUGUACAAGAGUCGGAGGAGUGGUACAAGUCCAAGUUUGCCGAUCUCUCAGAUGCUGCAAAUCGCAACAGUGAAGCUCUACGCCAAGCCAAGCAUGACAUGAAUGAAUCUCGACGCCAAAUCCAAAGCCUGAAAUGUGAGAUUGAUGGUCUGAAGGGAACAAAUGAAGCACUGCUGCGUCAGAUGAAAGAUAUGGAGGAGCAGUUUGGGAUGGAUGCAGCUAAUUAUCAUGACACAAUUGGACGACUGGAGCAGGAGGUGCAGCAUAUGAAGGAGGAGAUGGCACGUCACCUGAGAGAGUACCAAGACCUGCUCAAUGUCAAGAUGGCUUUAGAUAUUGAGAUUGCAACUUACAGAAAGCUCCUAGAAGGAGAGGAGAGCAGGAUUACUGUCCCAAUCCACUCUCUGACAUCUCUCAGUAUUAAAAGUCCAGCAGCUCCUGAAACUGAUCACAGCGCUGAGACACACACCAGAAAAACAGUUGUCAUUAAAACUAUUGAGACCAAGGAUGGAGAGGUUGUCACGGAGUCUCGGAAAGAGCAGUCUUCAGAAGGAGAGAAGUGAUCUUGCGCACGGUGCUUGGAGAGACCCAGUUCUCUUUUAAAACGUCUCCACGGAUGGAACCUCCUUUGCUUUUCUAAUUGAUUGAUAGUGAGGGUCAUCUCUCUUUAUUCCACAGAGUGUCAUUGGCAUGGCAUUCAGUGGUUAAGUUAUCAAUUAUUUGGUGGUAAAUCAACCUUCUCUGUGUGCCUGUACCUCAAAUAGCUGUAUUAAUGUUAACUGUUUUUAUAUUCUAAUACAUUUUGAGGAUCUAUGCCCAAACAUGGCAGAUAUACGUCUUUCCAUUACACCAAACAGCUAGUGAUCGUCUAUCUACUUACAAACUGAUGGACUUUAUAUUAUCAUAAAUAAUGAAAACUCUUAUACAUAUAGCUGUGAAACAACUUACACACUGUUGUUAGGCUCAUAGCUUCUUAUGUUAGAUACCUUGGUACAAUUUGAGCUUACAUUAGUAAAAAAUGAAUGUGCCACUUAUAUUCAGUUAAUUCCAGUACACAGGAAACUCUGAUACCCCAGUGUAUAAACGUAUAUGUCUACUUUACCUUUUCCUCUAUUUUCCUUCUUCAACACUUGAUAUCCAUAUUGAUGGUCGGUACUGGGCUUACUGCCCAGGACAGGAUCUGCUCAAAGAUGAGACAGCUGUGAAGCAACUUUGGUGCUAUACAUUCCCUGCCUCUGUGUAUUGGCUGGGAUACUGCCCCAUUAUGCCUUGUACAUGUGCCAUGUCUGCUUAAUAGUCAAUAAAAUAAUUUACAGCAA